UGACGCUGACUUCGAUGAUGUUACACGUGAAUAUUCUAUAAGUAGCGUUAAUUUUCGACUCCUUCAAGCCACCAAUUCUUUGUCACACGACCACAUGAACCGAGUUCCGUGUAUAUAAUGACGGCAUGUAACUAUCAUCAAAACACUCUCAACCUUCUAGUCAAUUUCCAUCAUUUGAGCAUUCAUACCACAAAAACUCACGAUGGCGCCCAACUUUCCGGGUCUCUGGAGGACCAAUUACUUGAAUAUGCUCACCCCCACGCUAUAUUCCAUCAUCUACAUAUCCGGUAUUGUCAGCUCUACCGCAACCCCACCAUCUCUCCCACCUCCCACCGGGCCCUACAACGUCGGCGUCCGCAAGUACACCAUCGAGCACCUCAACACCCACGACCCCGUAGCCCCAAACAACGUCAGCACGGCCUUUCUCGCCACCAUCUUCUACCCCACUCUCCAAAAGCACCAAGGCCCGCUCCUCCCAUACCUGAACCCCGAGACCGCCGCGUCCUUCGAGCAGUCCUGGAACUACACCAACGGCACCCUGGCAUCCAUUACCUCCACCCUCCAACCCAAUGCUUCCAUCCUCGACCCCAAGGAGCUUGCAGGGAAGGCAAGCCAGUCACUGCCCACCAUCCUCUUCGGCCCCGGCGGCGGCGGGCCCCCCGUCGAAGCAAGCACGAUCCUGCUGUCCGAGCUCGCGUCGCACGGGUACGCCGUCAUCGGGCUCGACCACCCCUUCGAGCAGCCGUUCAUCCGGUAUCCGAACGGCACCGGCGUCUUCGGCGUCGACAUCGACUACGGCUCCGGCGACCUUCUCACGGCGCUCUACGACAUGCGGGUCGGCGACAACGCCGCCUUUCUAAGCACGCAUCUCCCGGCCCUGGCGAGAGGCGGAGAGCUGCCGCUCAGCACGGCGAACGUCGGCGCCCUGGGGUACUCGCUCGGGGGCGCGGCGGCGCUCGGCUCUUUGCAGAGCGAGGGCGGCGGCCUUCUCGUGGCGGGGCUGAACCUCGACGGCACGAUGUGGGGGGCCCCCGCGCUGAACAGCUCCGCCGCAGACGUGCGGAGGCCGUCGUUCUUGCUGGGCAACGAGGGACACGGCGGGGAGGACGGCGGCGACUACACGUGGGUUUCGUUCCCGGUGUGGCAGACGGGCCCGAGGUGGAAGAUGCUGGUCAAUGGGACGAGCCACCAUGACUUCUGCGACGACGCGUUCUGGAAGACGGUGCAGCCGGGUGCGGAUCAGGAUACGGGGACGAUUGAGGGGCUGAGGAUGUUGAAGGUGCUGAAUGCGUAUGUGAGGGCGUUCUUUGAUUUUACGGUGUUGGGGGGGAGGGAGGAGGGGAUUUUGGAGGGGCCGGAUGGGGAGUUUCCGGAGGUGGUGGUUGUGGAUGUGAGCUAG